GAGGAAGACACAACAUGUUCCAUUUUUCUACUACACUUGUUCUGAAUCCUCAACCUCACAAACUCUUCUCUCCCUUCCCCAUCUUCCCUUCUGCUAUCACUCACAGCAAGUUCAAAUCUUUACAAACUCUUAAAUUCCCCAGAAAGUGGAACCUCCCCUCUCUCGUUUCGUCGUUGCACCCACCACAGCAAGAUGAUGAUGAUGACGACUUCGAAGAACACGUUAUCGGAGACUGCGUCGUCUUCGAGGAUGGCAUCUUCGAAGACCCCAUUUUUCAGGAAGACCUCGAUUCCGAUAAUCUCACCGUUAAAAAACCCAAACGCAAUUCCAAGAAAAAGGUGGCAGUGAUUGCUGCUGAGAAUUUGGUUCCGGAGAAGUGGAAAGAAGCCCAAGCAGAGAUAAACAUUACGAAGAAAGAGAGGCGCAAGAUAGCUCAGGAAUUGGAGUUCAAUAGCAAGGUUGAUAAGAAGAAAAGAGGGUUGGUUCCCCUUAGGGAUAUGAAUCUGAAUGAGUAUCAGGCUUAUAAGGAGGCUAAAUUGGCACAGCUGCAACCUCUGAUUCUGGAUAACCCUUCUAAAAUUCCUGAUAAAGAAGAGGUCCUAGAGGAAAAAGAAGAUGAAUUUAAUAAUGGGUCUGGUGGUGAGCGUGUAGAGCCCAAGAAUCCUAGGUGGGCUGUUUAUGGUAGGGGUUUGGAGGAUGUUACAGAGUUUUUCAAUAGUGUGAACUACGACCCUAGUGCUAAGAACACUGAAGGUCGUCGCAAGUUGUUCACUAAGGAGGAGAAGGUUUUAUUGAACAUGCGAAUACCGGAUUUGGCAGUUGCCACUUCAGAUAAAUGGCUUCCUCUGCACACUCUCGCUACAUGUGGAGAGUUGGAGUUUUUAGAUUCUUUGUUGAAGCAUAAUGUUGAUAUAAAUGCUGUGGAUAAGAAUGGUUUGACUGCUCUUCACAAAGCGAUAAUUGCCAAAAAGAUGGCCAUAACCAACUAUCUCCUGCGAAAUUCAGCUAAUCCCUUUGUACAGGAUAAAGAUGGGGCCACCUUGAUGCACUAUGCUGUACAAACAUCUUCUAGCCGGACAAUUAAAAUACUCUUAUUGUAUAAUGUGGAUAUAAAUCUUCAGGACAAUGAUGGCUGGGCACCAUUACAUCUUGCAGUUCUAACUCAGAGAACAGAUGUAGUGAGGCUUCUGCUGAUUAAAGGUGCUGAUAAGACAUUAAAAAACAAGGAUGGUUUAACUCCACUUGACCUUUGCCUUUACUCUGGCCAAAACGUCAGAACAUAUGAGAUAUUCAAGUUGUUGAAGCUCCCUCUAAGGCGUGUAAGACACAUAUGACAGAUGCAGCUAAGAAACAAUACAACUUUCGAAAGAUUUGUAGUAAUGAGUAACAAAUGAAUAGCCAUUGCCAAGUUUUGCAUCACAUGUAUUGUAUUAUAUAGAAAUUUAUAUUUAAAACAUGAUAGGAAAAUAGGGAAUAUCUUCAUGAAGAAAAAUGACAUUUCAUUUUUUAUUUUAUUUUAAAUGUGAUUUCAAAUUUGAAUGCUGAACCCAAGAAACAUCAAGCGUGGCCAAUGAAAACAUAUUUAU